AUGAAUAAUUCAACCCCAGUGACUAUGUUUCUUUUUAAUAGUUAUGAAGCUAGUGGAAGUAUUAGGUAUUUGUAUUUUGCUGCCACCCUAUUCAGCUAUCUUUUAAUCGUCAUUUCAAAUACUGUUAUUAUAACAGUAAUUGCGAGGGAGAAAAGGCUCCAUGAGCCCAUGUACAUAUUUAUUUGUAACUUGACCUUGAAUGGGGUAUAUGGAAGCACAGCAUUUUAUCCUAACUGUUUAGCAAAUCUCUUGUCAGAAACCCCCUCCAUAUCUAGAAUUGGCUGCUUAAUUCAGGUAUUUUUCAUGCACACUUAUGCAUCCUUUGAAUAUUCAGUUUUGGCCCUGAUGGCAUAUGACCGAUAUGUGUCUAUAUGUCUUCCAUUGAGAUACAACAGCAUUAUAACCCCAUUAAAAGUGACUCAGCUUUUAAUGUUUGUAUAUAUGUAUCCCAUUUGUAUUAUACUUAUACAUUUAAUUCUAACAAUUCGGUUGCCUCUCUGUGGGUUUAUAAUAGAAAAAGUGUACUGUGAUAACUGGUCUGUUGUCAGGCUGGCAUGCUCAGAUGUGUCUGUUAAUAGUGCCUUCGGCCUGCUUGUGACAGUUAUUGUUAUGUGUCUUCCGGUAACUGUCAUCAUCUACUCCUAUAUCAGAAUCCUGGCAGUGUGUCUGAGAUCUACAAAGGAAGCUCGUGCUAAAGCUCUACAGACCUGUACCCCUCAUUUACUGAGCUUCACAAACUACUGCAUCGCCACAUUUUUUGAAGUUCUUCAACACCGUGUUGAUUUAACGAAUGUGCCCUAUAUUUUGAGAGUUUUAGCAUCUAUAGAUUGUGUUUUUUUCCCUCCUAUUUUAAACCCCAUUAUCUAUGGAGUUAAAUUACAAGAGAUAAGAAAAAUUCCAGCUUUCAGUGCUGCACCACCUAAACUGGAUAUUGACUAA